GUGGGUGGUGUAAGUAGGAUUUGCAAGUGCAGGCGGAACAGCUGUUCGUGUAUCGUAACCGAUAUCGCUCUGAAGAGAGCGGUGGCUUUCCCAAGAUAUGACGAUCCGCGCAUAUUUUUCACUUGCGUUGCGGUCCAACUAGCAGGAAUCCCAGAAGGGCCGGCUAGGUUCAUUGUGAACCUGCUGUGUAUUUCAACACCGGAAAGCGAAAGCAGGUGGUCAAGCAAUUCAAGACCAUGGCAGCGCUGUCUCCGGGCGAUAAGCCGCGAGUGCCUCAGGAGAAAGCUCGCCUCUCCGCAGUAUCUAUCCGGUAUGGUCACAAGAGAAGUGUCUUCGCGACAGAAAUGCAGAUGAGCCGCGAGAGGACUGAGCAGGGCGAAGCGAACAAGAUGGCGAAAAUUGGUGCGAGUGGCAUUGUACAUAAAUCUCUUGUUUCUAUCCUUCUGUGCGUCAAUUAGUAGUGCGAAUUCCAUAUAGCUCUUUCGCUACAGACGAGCCGAUCCAGUUGACAAGCAGAAUAGAGGACAUGCCACAUUGUCUGCGGCUUUGCUGUUUUGAAUUUUAGGACCCACCAAGUAUUCACGAGUUACAAUGAAUCAGCAGUCGGUUUCCGGAAGUUUGGAACGAAACCUCUUCAAUUUUCCACAUUGCAGACGCUGUCGUCCUUCCCAGACAGUAAGCAGAGCGAGGCGGGACAAGGCACACCGGAGGUGGAAAAGAAUAUUGGCGCGGCAAUAGUGCGUGGUGGUUCCACCUCUACUUCAUUCACAACCUCACAGCCCCAACCUACCGACUGGCUCGGUGGUCCAGCCAAUAUCGUGCUAGGGAGCCUCGUUUCAACAGUAGAACUGGGAAGUAGCAGCCAAAUGGUCGACUCGAACGCAACGCUUGCACGUGCAGUGCUAGACGCACCUGCGAACAAUAGGGUGAAAGAUCGCUCGUCAAUUCGCAGAAGCUCCGCAUCAGAAUCCUCCUCCAUCCUCACCGACGCUGCAAACCGGGAAGGCGGGCCCCGGAGGUUCGAGAACCAGCGCAACCGGGACUCCUACCACGGAGAGAAGAAAGCGACGCCCCGACUCAGCGGCACAACGCUCCGUGCUGUCACAGCACGGUCUAUCGCGCGGGCGCAGGAGACCAAGAGUGAAGAUAUCAGCCGAGGCACUCGUGGGGUUGCAGGAGCGGUGUCGAAGUUCAUGUCGUUCCGCGCCGCCCUGAAUACCGGCCACGUGGUCCGGACAGUGGCGUCGCAAAAAAAGUCAAUACGCAACAGCACAUUACAUCCCUACCCGUUGGCAGAGCGCAGCACGCCUUUCGUGGCACCUGAUAAGCCUCGACUUGUCGCGGCGCCACCGAAGGUGAAGUCGGAGGAGUCUCGCCAGGAGCAAUGUUUUUUUGCCGACCUCGAAACCGGUACCCGGUCGGAGACGCACCGGCCCCUGUGUGCGGGCGAAGAACGCCCCCGGUCCGUGAUCGUGCAGGAGCGGGACUUGGCAUUGCGCAAAAUCCAGCUCGGGUUUUUCCGGCAUAUGGCGCGUAAGCACGCGGCUCAACUAGUGAAGGAGCGCUGCAGGGCGGAGCUUCUCGCAGGCAAGCAGUGUGUUGAGCUUGAAAAGAUGCGGUCCACUUCCGAAGACUCGCGCCUGAUGUACCACCGGGCACUGGAGUCUAUCUCGGAGAGUUUGCGACAAGCGAUCGAUCGCAUCAUUAGACCAGGAAUCCGGACGAAGUGCGCGCCUUCUGGUCCUCGAGUGGGCUUCGGACGCAGCAGCGAGGGCAACAAGUACGGCGCGCCGGACAAGGGGCGAAGCUUGCCCGGGGCUUCUUGCCCUCGGCGGAUCUUGGAGCCCUAAACUUUGCAAGCGUGGCCGAGUUCUGAGCCUUUUCGCCGGGGAGUAAAAACGCACAAAACGCUCCCAAGUGUCGCCCCCCCCGUGCCGGCGGGCAACGCCGAAGCUAGGGGGUAAAACGAGGGGGCUUGCUUACCGCUUUGCCCCACUGCGUGCCGCUCCGCUGCGAGGGUGCGGAGCCGAACCGGCUUUCAAGGUCUUAAUCAAACGCCGGCACUCCGGUGGCUUCGGGCCAGGCGCCAAUUCGGGGGUCCCCCCAAUUUUCUUGCCCGGAAAUCGGCCCGCGCACGUCCGACCCAUUUUAAGGCCGGCCGGCGGCGGAGAGCCUCGGACGCUCUUGUGCAUCGCCGUGCUCCAACGCUUUGGCCUCGGCCAUCAAUCCUCAGGCAGCGGCUCUGUGCAGUGUCGCGCCCCUUCGUUUGCCGGUGCUGGAUUUCGAGAGUGAGGGCGGGGGGGGGGCUGCCGCCAGGUCCCGGUCGGUGGGCCACAUACGUACCGUGCCCCGCUUAUUCAAGAACCAGAAAGCGCGCACUUCUUUCGGAUUUCCGGUCUAAUAUGAGCUCGCUCAGGAACAAACCGGUAGCAGCGGCAGGAGUUGACACGGGCAGCACCGAUGACGUUGCACGUCCGUCGGUUGCAGUCCGCGCUCUGGAGGACCGUUUUCGGAAGCGGUCGGACGCAGUUGUGUCGCCGUUUCCUGAAGUUGCGGACUUGCGAAAGUGGUGGCAGAAGCAGCAACAGACGAGCGAAUUGCAGUCCAGGCAGCAAAGAGUACUCGCCGGUGCCCGCGAUCAAGUCGCACACCUUCGUGUCACAGGGUCUCGUUCCUCUGGAAGCAGCGCGACCCGGUCGCGCUCUCCAGGAUCUGCAUAUCCUCCUCGCCUAGGCACAGCGCUCGCGUCGCCAGGCCUUGAAAGCGGUCGGCUCCUCGUAGAGGCACAGCCAAUGACAAACGUUACAGGAGCAGGUGCGAAAAAGCGCUUGUACGCAAUUUUUUCGGAUGACGCACCGGGGUGGCAUGCAGCUACAAGUCGGAUAUCCAUUCCGGACGAUGGAGCUUUCCCCGCGAGAACUGCCACUAGUGGAGAUGACGUGCCCACGCAGGCGCCACCCCUGGCCGUUAAAGACAGUCCGGUAGGAGGGUCAAGUUCAACCGAUGCGGCGACUCCUCGGCUCAGGAGGCACGGCGCCGGGACAAUCUUCUCCGCAUCCCCCGGUGUUCCCGAGCUCAGUGCAUCUAUGCAGGUUCUUAGCCCGACUGCAAAUUCAGCCACUUCACCAGACUGUCAGAAGCAUGCGGCAGAGACGUCUGCAACAUGGAGAAACCCGCUUAUGGAGCCGGACUAUCGGCCGCGCAAGGAGGAGAAUAAUAUAUUUGCUGCCCGUUCGGUGUUGUCAGCAAAACACAGAAAUUCCGUUACGAGCAGCGCAAGCGAGGAGAUAGCACAAGAUGCGGAAGACCGGGCCGCACCGCAGGGGCACGACGCCCCCUAUCCCAACACGGUACUAGGGAGCACGACGACGCUUCUGCAGUUCUACCCCGACCCACGUUUUUCAUCGCCGAUCCCGCUUAGUCCUUCGAGGGCAGUGGCCGAUACUUCGGCGGGGCUGUCUAUGUUGCCGCCCCACGGCCUUGACUUUUUUCCAGUAGAAAUAGAUCGGCCGUGCGAUAUUGUCGAAGAGAAAGGAACAAGCCCUGACAAGCGCAGCUGCAGUUUGUCGCCGGUUUUGCGGCAUCUGCGAUCGCCCGUGUGGCGGAAGUGUUUCUUCGCGCACUGUCCAGCAAGAAACAAAAACGCAGACCGUAGCGCUGACACCAGGGUGGGGGAGGCAAGCAGGGCACCGUUUAUUACCGCCGGCUGCUGCAGCUCGGCGGCAGAGGUGCGUCAACUCUCGAUGCAGAAGCAGAGGAAAGACUGGCAGCAGGAUACGCAGAACACGCGCGCUACUGUGGUCAGUUCAGGUCGAGAUGAUCCUGGAGCAGGUUCGCCACGAAAAGUGAUCCACCCGAGCGUCUCGGAUCUGCGUUCUCUGCUCGGCUUCUAUCGUAACGAACUCGCAAGAAAGGCAAGAAGCUCGCGUCCGGGUCAGCCUGGACCUUUGUUGCGCGUCGCUCCACAGUCGCAUCUGCGCCAAAGCGAUUCGACAGAAAAUGUCAGCAGUCCCAGCCCGCACUUUUGGUACGGCGAUGAAGGUAGAUCGCGAGACUUCAAAGUGUUUUCCGAUGGCGCGGUUGCACCUUGUUGCGACAGAUAGGUAGGAAGUCGGUAUCUGGGUAAACCAGAGAGCGGAUCCUGGUCAGACCAGGGACCCUACGGACCAGAGAAUCUGCGAACCUGGGACUCGGCCCGCGGACCAGACGAAAGUCGCUCAGAGCAUCAGCACGAAAUGCAUUGGUAUUCAGAUCAAGAUCUUCAUUGCAUCCUCCUACAACUGUGGGACGGAGAAGAACUGCUAGGCUGAUUUAUUGAAGUGCGAGCCGUCUACCUAGUUCCAGAAUGAAAUACCAGAAAAAAUCACACUGGAUCGAUUGCGUUUGCCCGUAAGGGUCCCGUUUCGGCAGACAGAAGGUGCCCUUUUUCUGGGGUACCCGGGAGCCGCAUCCUCCCUCGCUGGGUAUGCGAAUUUGCCCGCAAGGGUCCCGCCUCGGGGGAUUUAAAGAAUUUGAAACGCGCAUCAAGUUCUAGUUUUUUUAUGCAUGUUUUUGGGGUACCCGGGAACCUCUCUGUCCCACGCUAGGUAUAGG